CUUCGUUUAUAAGCCAACUUAAAAAACGUUCUUGUUAUAUACAGCCUUGUUCAAGGGUUUUUCUGGUUUCUGACCAUUUUGGGAUUCUUCGGGAUACUCGUCUUCAUUACUCGCAAAGCUGUCAUCAUGAUUGACGAUCAAGACCUUGGCUUCUUUGCGAAUUUCCUUGGAAUCUUCAUUUUCGUUCUGGUUAUAGCUUAUCAUUACGUGAUGGCUGACCCAAAAUAUGAAGGCAAUUGAGGAUUUUUAACUUGUUUUAAAGUUGCCUACAAUGGACAUUUAGAUAAUAGUUUUGUAGACUGAGUUGUUUCAGAAAUGGAGACAAAUGAAUGUUGUUAAAAACUUUCAAAAAAUUAUUGCUAUAAAUGUCAUCUUAUUGCUGA